CUGCUACAUCAACCUGCUGAACUACAUGAACUGGUUCAUCGUCGCAGGCAUGCUGCUGGAUGUACAGAACUUUUUUCACAUCAGUGAUAGCAAUGCCGGUUUGCUUCAAACGGUCUUCAUCUGCUGCCUGCUGCUGUCCGCACCUGUGUUUGGCUAUCUGGGUGACCGGCACAGCCGCAAAGCCACGCUGAGUUUUGGGAUCCUGCUCUGGUCAGGUGCAGGCCUCUCCGGCUCCUUCAUCUCCCCCCAGCAUUCCUGGCUCUUCUUCCUGUCCCGGGGAGUGGUGGGCAUGGGCUCCGCCAGCUACUCCACCAUCGCGCCCACCGUCCUGGGAGACCUCUUUGUGAGGGACCAGCGGACCCGGGUGCUGGCCAUCUUCUACAUCUUUAUCCCUGUUGGAAGUGGCCUGGGCUAUGUGCUGGGGUCGGCCGUGUUGCAGCUGACUGGGGACUGGCGUUGGACCUUCCGAGUCAUGCCGUGCCUGGAAGUCACAGGCUUGAUCCUGCUCCUGACACUCGUUCCAGACCCGCCCCGGGGAGCUGCUGACAAGCAGGAGGAGGCGGCCAUGGGGGCUGGGAGGAGCAGCUGGUGUGAAGAUGUCAGGUACCUGGGGACAAACUGGAGUUUCGUGUGGUCCACCCUGGGGGUGACUGCCAUGGCCUUUGUGACUGGAGCUCUCAGCUUCUGGGUUCCCAAGUUCUUGUUCGAAGCCCGUGUGGUGCAUGGACUGCAGCUCCCCUGCAUAACGGACCCGUGCAGCAACCAGGACAGCCUGAUUUUCGGGAUCCUCACUGUGGUGACCGGCAUCAUUGGGGUGGUCCUGGGGGCAGAGGCCUCGAGGCGGUUCAAGAGAGUGAACCCGCGGGCGGAGCCCCUCGUGUGUGCCUGCAGCCUGCUGGCUGCCGCCCCCUGCCUCUACCUGGCUCUCCUCCUGGCCCGGACCACCUUCACCGUCUCCUACGUGUUCCUGGCGCUUGGGGAGCUGCUUCUGUCCUGCAACUGGGCCGUGGUUGCCGAAAUCCUGCUGUCUGUGGUGCUGCCCCGGUGCCGGGGGACGGCAGAGGCGCUUCAGAUCACGGCGGGCCACAUCCUGGGGGAUGCCGGCAGCCCCUAUCUCACUGGACUUGUGUCCAGUGCCCUUCGGGCCCGACGCCCCGACUCCUACCUGCAGCGCUUCCUCAGCCUGCAACAUAGCUUCCUGUGCUGCGCCUUCGUCAUCGCCCUGGGUGGUGGCUGCUUCCUGCUGACCGCACUGCACCUGGAGAGGGACCAGACUCAGGCCCGGAGGCCCAGCCCAGGGACCCCCGACAGCACCAAGGAGGAGAGCCGAGCCCUGCUUUCCCACCCACGGGUCGUCCCAGAGGCACCCUGAGACCUCGGCCCCUGCGCAGCCCGUGCUCACCAGGCCGCACCCCUUCCUUUGGCUGCACCUGCUGCCCCCUGGGGGAGCCAGCAGUGCCGAGGCUGGGUUGGGGCUAAAGCUGUCCCCUCCGUCCCUGCCAUCCCUUCUGUCCGCUGUCUGGGGUCCUUGGCCCACUGGCCCCUGGGUCUGA